GCUUGAGUUUGCUUCCACCGUCUCAACAUAAGUGAAUUGAAAUUAAUUCGCGCAUCACCGACUCAGUAUAGAAUUGUCCAUUAUUCAGUAAACAGAAGCCAGCUGCUUCUUCUUGCAGCAGAAGAUGAGAUGAUCAACUUGAUGAAGAAGAAACACACCCAAGACAAUCUCUUACUCGCACUGGCACAUCAUCACCACAUCUAUAUAAUCAUCAAGCCCCACAUCGCUUGAAGGCCGUGAAUCCGAAGGCAGACAGCGGCAUCGAUCGAUCGCAAACUCCACACCAACAAGCACAACAGAUCAAGCGAUCAACGAUGGACGGCGGCGGCAAGAAGCAUUUCAUCCUGGUGCACGGGCUCUGCCACGGCGCGUGGUGCUGGUACAAGGUGGCCACGCUGCUCCGGGCGGCGGGGCACCGCGUGACGGCGCUCGACCUCGCCGCGUCGGGCGCCCACCCGGCGCGCCUGGACGAGGUGCGCUCCUUCGAGGAGUAUUCGGGCCCGCUGCUGGACGCGGUCGCCGCCGCGGCGCCGCCCGGCAGCGGCGGCGAGCGGCUCGUCCUAGUCGGCCACAGCCACGGCGGGCUCAGCCUCGCGCUCGCCCUGGAGCGGUUCCCGCGCAAGGUCGCCGCCGCCGUGUUCGUGGCCGCGGCGUUGCCCUGCGUCGGCAAGCACAUGGGCGUCACCACAGAGGAGUUCAUGAGAAGAACUGCUUCUGGAGGCCUGCUCAUGGACUGCCAAACGGUGGCCAUCAACAGCAGCAACAGCAACAAUGGAGUGGCAAUCGUGAUGGGUCCAAGGUUCAUGGAAGAAAAAUAUUACCAGCAAAGCCCAGCCGAGGACCUGACCCUGGCGAAGCUGCUGGUGAGGCCUGGGAACCAGUUCCUGGAGGACCCGGUGAUGAAGGACGAGGCGCUGCUCACGGCCGGCAACUACGGGUCGGUGAGGAAGGUGUUCGUGGUGGCCAAGGCCGACGGCUCCAGCACCGAGGAGAUGCAGCGCUGGAUGGUGGACAUGAGCCCCGGCACGGAGGUCGAGGAGAUCGCCGGCGCCGACCACGCCGUCAUGAACUCCAAGCCCACCGAGCUUUGCGACGUCCUGCUCAGGAUAUAAUAUAGCCAACAAAUACGACUAGAAUAAUAUAAAGAUUAAUCUUGGUGCUCGUAGUAUUGUAUUUCAUGGAAGACUAUAUAAGCCAGCUCGUUACACGCUGGGCACUGUCGUUAUGGAAUAAAAAUGCUUGCAUUUCCUUC